AGCUUGAGGCCAGACUUGCGUCAUUGGAACAGGCUUCCUUGAUAGUGGAUAGACAGCCACAGAAUGAUAAUAAAAUGAUAUCAGAGGGGUUACCAGAGGUAUCCGUACCAGCUGUUGAUGUAACUUCUCAGAGAGAAUCAGAUUCAGAAACACUCGUAACUUCUUUAGAUUCUGCCAUUCUCUUGAAUGAAAAAAAUGGACAGGGUUUUUCUUUUCCUCAAUCAGAGAUUUCGCGAGAUAAGAAGAAUACUCAGGUUUCAGAAAAUUCUAAUAACAGUCUAUCAUCUAAACCAU